UGGCGGUUUGCUUAAUCGCCUCAGCCUCACUCGUGUUUAGGCUGCCGCCUUUACUCUCACUGAAAGUGAGAAUUUGGACGCGAUUAAAGGCGGGAUACAGAUCCUUAGCAAACAAGGGCAGGCUACACCGUGCCUAUUUGUAGCGUUGGAGUUCCGACUCGGAGUUACGGCAUGGGGAACGGCAUCAAUAAGGUUCUGCCAAAUUUGUACUUGGGAAACUUUAAAGAUGCAAGAGAUAGAGAACAGUUAGCCAGAAACAACAUCACACACAUCCUGUCUGUUCAUGAGUGUGCAGCUCCCAUGCUACCGGAGAUGACCUAUCUCUGCCUUACAGCAACAGACAUGCCCUCACAGGAUCUAACUCAACACUUUAAAGAGAGUAUAAUGUUCAUGCACGAGUGCCGGCUGAAAGGAGAAGGCUGCCUCGUUCACUGUUUGGCAGGAGUGUCUCGCAGCGUCACCCUGGUCAUAGCCUACAUCAUGACAAUGACAGGCCUGGGCUGGCAGGACGUGCUCAAUGCGGUGAGAGUGGUCCGGCCCUGCGCCAACCCCAAUUUGGGUUUCCAGAAGCAGCUGCAGGAGUUUGAAGAUACUCAAGCUGGAAAGUUCAGGGAAUGGUUUCAAAUGACAUACAAGGACAACCCCUUCAAUGAUACUGCAGACAUACUUAAGCUACUGGGCAGGGUGCCUGAUGUCAACCAGGAGGGGAUGGAAAACCACGUGUCUACUCCGCUUGAAGGUAUUUGAAGUGAGCUAAGAUCUUUUGCAGCUCAACCAAACUGACUGUGACAUCCUGAAGAGGUUUGCACCUGGGUGGAAAUCUGAAAUGCACUGUUCUCUGACUCUUUCUUACACAUUCAAUGACUGUCAUGGACUUCUUACAUGCAUUGCAUAUGUUUCUAACAUUGAACUGUUUCUAAGAUUUGGUUGUUUUUUUUUUUUGCUUGUAAAUGUUUUAUUUUUUUCAAUGUGUCUAUGUGACCUGAAAUUGAUAAAUAAAAGAAGUAAAGCCAACUGCUUGGGUAGAGGUUGUCGGUCGAUGGUCUGUAAGGUUGGAGGUGAUAAGACACUCUACGCCUUUUGCUACUUGGUUUCCUGGUUCUCUUCCUGUUUGUCUCAUGUGCAAGAGAAGUCAUGCAUGGUGGCAUUACAAACAUCAAGAUCACACCCUUUUAUCAGCCUGGUCUUAGUUAUUUUCAUAAGCUGCAGAACAGCAAUAAAAGUUCCGUUUUACUUUUAAAAUUUACCAUAAGUCUUAUAUAUUUGGUAUAAUGACAUGGUGUGACCACUGGGUGGCAGUAUUACUAACGGACAAAGUCUGUGGUGUGUGUGCGCGUUUCUUUUUUUAAUUUUGAAAUGUGUGUAUUUUUUAUUAUUAACGUAUUUUGCGGGUGUCAUCCAUGAACACACAUUAUGUUAACGUUAAAUGUUUUGUAAGGAUAGUUUGCAGUUGAAAAUAGUUUGAACUUUUAUAAAAAAAUAAACACGGGGGGUAUGUAUGUGACUGUACAGGUACGAUUGUUCCAUUUCGUCCUGAUCUGCGCUCAGGGUGUCUCUAAAGGGAUUCCCCACCUGAGAGCUGCGUGGGUUGAGCUGAGAGUUUUACAGAAAAGAAGUUGUGUUUGCUCCUCAUCUCCUCUUGAACCUCC